AUGGUCAUCUACGGUGAGUGCAGUUUUUUGGGCUAUGCUAGACUGGGAGAAAAAUCGUGGACUAAUGUAAACAUAUCUUCUAGGCGCUUUUAUGAUAUUGCUUUUUACCAAGGAAAGUUUUAUGCAAUUGAUUGUCACGGGGAUGUAUUUGUGUGUGAUAUUGAUGAUGACGGUAGAGCAGAACAGAUUAAGGGAACAAAGAUUGCAUCGUGUCCACCUAAACGAGAAUCUGGUGAUUUUGACAUGAAGUACUUGGUUGAAUCAGAUUCUGGACUUUGGCUAGUUGAGCGCUUUCUUAAAACUAGGUAUGUAAAACCACCUAAUCACACAAGAAGAAUCUUCAAGUAUUGUACAACCCAUUUCUUAGUAUCAAAGUUAGAACUGAAUUAUUCUGGUGAUUGUGUUGAAACUCCAUGUCGUUGCAUUCCCCAAAAAAGCUUGGGCGACGAGGCGUUUUUCAUUGGAAGUGCUUCAUCUGUAUCAUUACAAUCUUCAGAAUACAUAAGGCCCAACUCCAUCUAUUUUACAGAUAAUGUUUCAGAACUAUUUAAUCACUCGGGAGGAGGCCACGAUAUGGGAAUUUUUAGCAUGGAGACUGGCACUAUAGAACCACAUUUUCAAGGAAAAUCUCUACAUCCCAUAUCUCCUCCACUCUGGUAUAUUUGA